AUGAACACCAAAAUCACUUUUCUUGGAGACAGAAAUGUUGGAAAGACUUCAAUGGCGUCACGUAUCCUUCAACUGGAUUAUCUUGUGAGUGUAUCCCUGCAUAGCUAUAUCAUAAGCUGUCUGUAUCCUGACUUUAGAAAGUCAAUUGGUUCUCACCCCUUAUAUGAGAACAUUCAAGAAAUUUCAACCAUCGAUUACCUUGAUGAACUUCUGAAGAAAAGCCCUGAUUGGGCCGAAUGCUUGGUGAUGAUUUACAACAUCGGUUCACCGAGCUCUUUCGAUCUUGGAGCAAAGCUCUUUGCGUGUGCCUUGAGAUAUCGUAGUCCCCGAGUAGCAAUAGUGGUUGCAAAUGUGGAUGAUGCAAAUGAAAGAUCUGUGAAUCGGGAGAAAAUCGAGCAAUUUAUGAAAGGAUACAAGGGCUUCGACUGGCACUUCCUCGAGACAUCAAUCAGAGACUUCCAGCAAGUCUUUCAACCUCCCAUUCAAGCUUCAUUUUUCUUUGAUCAUCACUAUCCUUUCAUGAGAGUGGUUCAAAGCGAUGGUGAAGUGCUUGAUGCUGAAGUCACAACACAACCGUCCCCGGAUUUGGAAGUUAUAAACGUCGAGACUUCCCUGUGCUGGCAAAUUCUGCCAAAGCCAGUGGAACCAUUCCAUCCGCAAUUGGUGAAUAUUUCUGCUGAAGUGCUUGCGGAAGAAGAUGCGGUGAAACCUCCUACAGAACAAUGGUGGUUAAGGGGGCUUGUAGAAACCUUUGUAAGGGAAAAUGUUGAUGCGAAUUGGCAUUAUCCAGUGGGGAGUAGUAAAGACGAAAAAAGUCCGGAGGCCCCAACGAUGAAAAAGGGAGUGGAUGAGGAUUUCGUAGGACCACUUCCUGCACCACAUGCCUUUCAAAUAAUUUCCUAUGACUAUAUCGAGCACCUAAGUGAAGCAAAGGGGCCUCGGUCGAAGAUUUCUCUCGAGAGUACGGUGGAAGUUUCAACAGAUAUGAAGGAGUUGAAAAGUUGCGUGUUGAGCAAUACCAAGUUGGACAGUGCGCAAGAGAGCUACCUGUCAGAGGAUACAGGUUUAGAGAAUACUGAUGGGCAUCCAAGAAUUAAGCUUCGGUGGUUACGCGAUCUGCUUUGUUGUUUGCAGUGA